GUUUGGUUCGUCGUGCGGGUGGCGCUCUACGAGAUACUACACCCAAUAUAUCUACAUAAUUCCUGACGGAUCUCUGCAGGGAUCCGCAUUUCCCCUCUAGACAAAGUGUUUUUAAUUUUUUCCACCCGGCCAACUUGCAAUUUAUGUGGCUAAUUAAGGGGGAAAAUAAAAGAGCAGGCGGUGCGUGACUCUCGAAUGCUGCGCAUCCGUCAGGUUUGCGUGUGCCGCGCCCCUUCCGCCCACUAAGCAGAAAAAAACAGACAACGUGCCGGAAAAAAAUACUAGUACACUCCAGUUAUCAAAACACUCGAAAAGAACUGGGGAACAGGGGAAGCCCCCAAAUCUGCAGUGCGAAAAAAACCCUCGAAAAGGAAUUGAAAUUGAAAUUUAGGGCAAAAGCGGAUUACGGGCAGCAUAACAGCCGAAAGCGGAAAACAAGUCCAAGUGUGCGGGAAAAGUAAUAACAACAAAACUGAAAAGUGAAUUGCGGGAAAUCGGGAAAUCGGAAAGUGCUGCGAGCUGAUAGACCCGAGUAAAUCGUAUGGAAAUGUGAACGCGUCACGCUGGCUCAUUAACGAUUUGCCAUCGCCACUCCAGUUGCGUGCAGCUCAUCAAUUAAUUCCACUGAGUUUUCGCACUUUGAGCGCCAAAAAAGCAGCAGCAUCGUGCAAGGAGAGCAGCGAAAUUAAUGACACAAUAACACACUGCGGUUUCAUUUGCGGCGGUCAGUUCGGACACACAGAUGCAGAUACAUUGUGCGGGAGUGAGUGCUUUCAGGCAGAGUGGGCGCAACAGUUCGUCGGCCAUAUAGACCAGCCCCUCCUGCAGCGAAAUCCAAUCCGAAUCCUAUCGGUCGCGUGGCACAUAAUUUAUCACAAUUGUCGUCGUCUGGGCGGAGCGAAGUGAAAGUGCAUGCGAGCAUCCGCAAGAUACAAAUUGCUUAUGCAGACAUCUAUCUCCUCGGAGCGAAUACGGGUCAGUGCAUUGGAACAAUAGCCGGGGGCGGCAAAAGUUUUGCCCUCUCUGUUGGCCAAGCAAAAACAUAAAUUAAACUUACCAGUUGCCGAGUUGGAAGGCCUUGAAAGUUCCUCGGCUUGUUUGGAUUAGCAAAGCGGACGCAGGACCCAGAACCUCGGGGAUUUCCCAGCAACAAUCCGCCGAAAAAAAGGCAUGUCCAUAAAGGGGCGAGUAAACAUGUAAAAGCACAUUAAGCGAUGCUAUGGACUUGAUCUGAGCUGAGUCACACGGGCAUGCAUUCGUAAAUGCCGGCGGAAAUGCCCUUUUUAUGGGCCACGAGUACAUUGGCGCUUCAUUAAAGCCAACGGCGGAAGCGGAAAUAGCCGAGCGGCCAUAACAAGGAGACGCGUGCUCUUUUGGCGCCAGGUCGCACGCAACUUGGCCCGCAGUCGACUGCGUAUCUGCAACACUCCGAACAGCCUUUCUGCACUUUUUCGUACUCUUGCGUUUCUUUGACACUCUGGUCAAAUUGAAGUUUGCCACAUAAAUGACGAGACGUCCUCGCGUUUGGCACAACGCACCGCAAGCACAACAAAAUGACAGCUACAGCCAUGCAGCUUUUAUUACCAACAAGCUGGUAUUCAGCAGCCACCACAAAAACAGCAAUGCAAACGACAUAUUGGCCACGGCAAACCGGCAACGGCGACAGCAACACCAACAGCAACUGCAGCACACAUCGAAAAUCACGGACGAGAUGCCCGGACAAUGGGAAAACGAUUUGGGCUGUCGGCUUGACGCUGGCCCUGUUGACUUGCCUGCAGCAGCUAAAAUCGGUUUUGGCGGACGAGGAAUCGCAGGAUUUUCAAAAGAACAUACCCGCUCGAUUGGUUUGGGCCGCCCUGGGCAAAACCGUGGAGCUGCCCUGCGACUUGACCCCACCCACGUCGCAGGACUCGGUGAAGCUGCUGCUGUGGUUCAAGGACACCACGGGCAUUCCUCUGUACAGCCUGGACUCGCGGGGCGGAAACGUGAAGCUGGCACCCCAUGCGGCCAUAGCUAGCGAUCUGGGGCAGCGCCUGUUCUUCAGCAUCGGCGAUAAUCCCAAGGAUUCGCGCCUGCAGAUCAACGAUGUGAAGCCGGAGGACGGCGGCGUCUAUCGGUGUCGCGUCGACUUCUUCAACUCCCCAACGCGCAACUUCCGGCACAACCUGACCUUAGUUGUGCCGCCCGAGGAGCCGCGCAUCUUCGAUGCCCAGGGCAAGGAGAUAUCCCAGAUGGCAGGACCCUUCCGAGAGGGCUAUGAGCUCUUCCUCUGCUGCCAAGUGAGGGGAGGUCGCCCCCCGCCCAAGGUCACCUGGUGGCGCGAUGACACCGAGCUAAUCGGCACCAGCCACACCUCCAUGGAGGAGGGCACCACCGUGAUGGUUAAUCAGCUGCUGAUUGGAACCACCACGCGGGACUUUUACGGAAUUCGCAUCGAGUGCCGGGCGCAGGGAACGCGACUCGUGGAGCCCGUUCGCAAGGAUGUCACCGUGCAGGUUUACUUGAAACCCGUUCGGGUGAAGAUUGCCACUCCCAACGAGCUGCUGACCGCCGGGCAACCCAUGCCCAUUCGCUGCGAGUCCUGGGGCUCGUAUCCUGCGGCCAAGAUCACCUGGCUGCUCGAUGGCGAGCCCAUCCGGAAUGCCGAGGUCAUCGUGCACAGCGACAAGGAGGAUGGCAACAUCACCACGAGCAUCCUGACUCUGAAGGUAACCUCGGAGAACGAUAAUGCCGAGCUGACGUGUCGGGCCACGAAUCCCUGGUUCUCCGGUGGCGCCAUCGAGGACAAGCGCAUCAUCCGAGUGGCAUAUCCGCCCACGGUAUCGGUGCACUUGGCCAACGAGGAUCCCAGCCGCCUGGUGACGCGGGCCGAGGGCCAGAAUGUGACUUUCAAAUGCCGGGCGGAUGCCAGGCCGCCGGUUACCAGCUACUCCUGGUUCAAGAAUGGCAUGCGAAUGUCGGGCGAGAGCACGGAAAUAAUGCACUUGACGCAGCUCGAGAGGGAAAGUGCGGGGGCGUAUGCCUGCGGGGCCACAAAUACGGAGGGCGAAACCCGGAGUUCGAGCCUCACUUUGAAAGUGCAGUUCUCCCCGCGCUGCAAGUCGGGAACCGAGCAGACCUCCAUCGGCGCCGUCAGCCUCCACUCGAUUCUGGUCAAAUGCGAGGUGGACGCCGAUCCCCCGGACUCCGUGCGCUUCAGCUGGACCUACAACAAUACCCGGAACGUGUCGCCGGUGCUCAACUCGAGGAUUCAAUCGAACGGACUGGCCAGCACGGUGACGUACCUGCCGCAGACGGACUCCGAGUUAAUAACACUGGCCUGCUGGGCCAGCAAUGCGGUGGGCCGCCAAACGACGCCCUGUCUGGUGCACAUCCUGCCGGCAAACACCCCGGAGGCACCGAAGGCCUGCGAGUUGCGCAACGACACCGUGCUGGAGGUCGUCUGUGUGGCGGGCAGCGACGGAGGCCUCUCGCAGUACUUCAUGCUGGAGGUGGUGGGCGGAGACCCUCUGUACGCCGGCGAUCCAGGCGGAUCCGCGGGCCAGGGACGAGGUCAGCAGUUCGGCGAGGCCAUUGGCCUGGGCGACAACGAGAUAUCCACGCUCAACGAUCAGGCGACAUCUGCACCCAUCUUUCGCAUGCAGGAGAACAGUCCACAGUUUCGUUUGAAUAAUUUAGAACCGGGACGUGAAUAUCAAUUUUUAGUUUACGCCGUCAACGCCAAAGGACGCAGCGAGCCGCCGGUGGUGAUUGAGAAUGUACGCGUGGCCGCCCAACUGGGACCAUAUGAUGAAUCCAUUCUGUCCGAGGACCCAACGCCCGCAGAAACAACGCAUCAUGGGGGCGGCGGCGUGGGCGGAAGCGGCAGCUCCAGCGGCCUGGGCACCGGCGCCAGCACGGGCAGCGGCCCGGAGAAGCAGUCGACGCUGCUCAUCCUGGCCGCCGUCGUGGUGAUAGGCGCCGUCGUGGUGACGUCAAUUAUCGUGGCCGGCAUCGUCGUGGUCUGCCGGCACAGGCCGCGACCACCUGAGCCGCAGGAGGUGCGCAAGAGCAUGCGGCCGGCGCGAAACGAUGUGCCGAGUAUGUACAUCGAGGAGGACGAGCUGAACGAGCUGGAGGAGGGCGGCGGACGGGCGGCGGAGAUUAGGGCGCGGGUGGCCCCGCCCAACGCGCACCUGUGCGGGGGCGGGGGCAUGCCCAUGCCGGGGGGCGUGGGCUCGAGUGGCGGGGCCAUUGUGGGCGUGGCCGGACCCCAUCACUACAUCUCCGAGAGCUUCAUCCAGUACGCGCAGCCCAGCCUAAACGGCGACGUGCUGCUGCCCCUGCUCGUAACAUCCAGCCAGCCGGGCAGCACGAGCUACUCCAACUCCACCGUCUCGAGCGUCGUGCUGGCCAUCUCGCCCCAGGCGAAACCAUGUCCUGAUCCUGCGAGCCGACACACUGCCUGGCCGCCCGAAUACCCGGAUCUGAUAUUGCCGCGCGGCGAAUUGGAAUUUACGACCCUGGAUCCAACGCUGAAGUAAUUGUAAAAAGUAAUAAUAAAUAUCUACCAUAGUCGGCUGGCACCCACGCAUAAUUCACGGGCAUUUCAUUUAACAUAGCUGUAAAUUUUUAGCAUAAAUUUAAAUGCAUUAGCGUAAAAGGUAAAUCGUAUAUUGUGUAUCGUCUGCGGAGACAGCCAGAAUACGAGUAUAUGUAGAUAAGGAUAAGUCAUUUUGUAAUUGUCAGCUAUUAAGCGAAAUUGCCUAGGAAGAAUCAAAAACAAGCGAAAAACGUUAGGAACCCAGAAGCUGCGCUAUAAAUACGCUACAAACUUGUAACUGAAAUCAAAAGAACAGACUUGUAAAUAGCACACACAGAUCACUCAUUUUGCUGUUGCACCCUCAUCGACUGUACAUAGAGAACGGGCAAACAUUAAUCAAACUGCAUUUAAAUGUUAAAUACUAAUUGUAAUUAAUAAUGAACAACUAGCCGGUAAGCCAAGCUAGCUCAGUAAGCCGUGUGUAUUGAAAGUGUAAUUAGACUCAUAGAGUUAUUGGCCAACGGACUUUGCACUAGGUAUUCGCAAAUAUCUGGUCGGUGAGCCAUUAAUGUCUGCAUAGCGAUAUAGGAUUCAUUAGCAGUUAAAGCCCUAUCACCGUGCUGUCCGGCAAAUUAAAGUGUUUCUUCGAAGCUCUCACCUUUUCUGGGGCCCCGAGACCCACUCUUCUCCGAUCAGUCGCUAUUUAUGGCGUUUCCAUGAAUAUUCUAUUACUACAACAAGCCGAGGCGGGGGCAAAAGAUGAAUAACAACCCGAAAAAGCGAGCAACAACAGCAGCCAAGUGGGCGGUGUUCGAGUGCAUAAUGAAUAAAUGUCGAUUCCCAGAGUCCUCAGCAAUUCCACUCACAUUCACACAGGACCUAGACUCAAACUACAACACAAACAAUAAAUGCGAAUUCAGUGUAAAUGUUAUAAAUAACUAAAGUAACCGAGCAAAAGUACGACAUAAAAGUAAUAAUAAUACUAAUAAUAAUAGUACGCCAUACAGUUUACACAAUACUCCAAUUCUAAUUUCAAAUAUACAAACGUAAAGCGAAAUGGCAGACUAGCAAAAUAUACAGUGCGUAUGCGUAAUGAAAUAAAUUGAAAUAUUUAUACAUAUAGAUACAUAUAGAUGGAACACACUGUGUCGUUCUCUGUCUCUGUCACUCUGGACAAAACCAAACUGAUUGUUUUUAAGCAAAGUUAGAUUUAUAAAUAAAUUAAAUUUAAAGGCGAAUGAGAAAAUCGAAACCAAACUUAAAAGUGAAAUACAUUAAAAACUAAGUCGAAACUACUGAGUGUGUUAAUAAUAAUAAUACCGAAUACUGAAUAAAUAAACAAGAUUCAAACAAGA